AUGUAUGAGACUAAGGAAGAGACAGGAGAGAUGCAAAUCGAAGUGCAUGAACAAGUACCUAUUGUCUUCGAUAAUUUUACAGAUGGAGAUGAUGGAGAGUUGAAUGACUUGGACAUGGAGGAAGAACUCGAUGGAUCAGCAGUAGAUAGUCAGGAACAAAACUUGGGGACAGUUGUAGUUGCAGAAGAGGUAAAUGACAUCAUUGAUGAGAAGGAUAUCGAUGGAGAUAAUUCCAGUAAUGAAGAUGAUGAAGAUUUAUUGGAUGUAAGUGAGCAGGAAGAAACAGAGCUCCUGCUUGCUCAACCAACUGAAGGGGAAAUUGCGGAGACUGGCGAUGAAAUUGAGUUCGUUAAUGAAGCUGAAGAAAAUUUUAUCGAGGAGGAAACUAGAGAUGAAAGUGAAGAAGAAAUUGAGGUCAUAAGUGACGAAGAAAGCACUGAUAACAAUAUCACAGACACCGUAGGGAAGCCAGAAGAGAGCAAUUCCAACGGACCCCAAUUAGCUGAAGAAGGUAAAGGUGAGAACAUACGAAAUGAUAAAAAUAAUAAAAACGCAACUGAUAAUGGUAAAGAAGCUGACGAAUUAGAUGAGUAUCAUGACGAAACUGAAGAGUUACUCGAUGGUAAGGUACAUGAACAUGCAGAAACAGACCAAAUUCCAAAAUACGCUGAAAACAUUCCUGCGAACGUGGAGGUGGUCGAAGUAGAAGAUGAAGUGAAUGAACUUGAAUCGGACGUGGAGAAAGAUGAAAAUCAAGAAAAAGAAGAAGAUUCUUUCCUGGAUGAAGAAAAGGAUAACAUGCCUCCAAUUAUAGUGACCAUAGCGAACACAGAAUUUCUUCUUAUCCAAUCUAACGAUGAAAAUGUGUCCCACUUAGUUGCUCUUUAUUACGAUUUGGACAUACUAGACUUGAGCCUUGAAGCUUUUUUCAAUAAAUUAAGAGCUAAUGAAGAUCUUGAAGAGAUUCACCACUUCCAAGAGAGCGAAGAAAUAAUCCUUGAAACACCAGAACUUGGAGCCUUGAAAAUAACGGAGGAUAACAUUUAUUCACGAGAUAUUACUAUAUUGGAUCUUGUGACCACUUUCAAGCAUUUACAGAGAUGUCUGAAGGACGCACCUUGUCCCUCAUACAUAUCGAUGAAGAUUAAAUUCCAACCAAGGUUUAUCACAAGAUUUAAUCGACUUUCAGAAUUAAUAAGAUCUGGUAAAGGAUUUUCACAUGUUGACGGCGAAUUUAAAGAAGUAAUGAAGAGGGCUUUAGAUGAUAAUGAUUUCCCUGUAGUUAAGCGCAUUAAGCGUGGUAUAUAG